GCCUCCUCAGUCUCCGGAGCUCGGAGUGCAACCGCAGCUGCGGCCAUGAAGUGCCUCCUGCUUGCCCUGGGCGUGGCCCUCGUGUGUGGCACCCAGGCCACCAGCAUCCCCCAGACCAUGAAGGACCUGGACCUCCAGAAGGUGGCAGGGACGUGGCACUCCGUGGCCAUGGCGGCCAGCGACCUCCCCCUCCCGGACUCUGAGAGCGCCCCUCUGAGAGUGUACAUCCAGGAGCUGAAGCCCACCCCCGAGGACAACCUGGAGAUCAUCCUGCGAGAAGGGGAGAGCAAAGGGUGUGCUGAGAGGAAGAUCUUCGCAGAAAAGACCAAGAGCCCUGCUGAGUUCAAGAUCAACUACCUGGACGAGAACAAGCUCUUCGUGCUCGACACCGACUAUGAAAACUACCUGCUCCUCUGCAUGCAGGACGACGCCGCUGCCCCUGCGCAGAGCCUGGCCUGCCAGUACCUGGCUAGGACCCUGAAGGUCGAUGAGGAGGUCAUGGAGAAAUUCGACAGAGCCCUCAAGCCUCUGCCUGGGAACUUCCAGAUCAUCCCGGACCAGACCCAGAUGGAAGAGCGGUGCCGCGUCUAGGUGUGCUCCUGCCCGUCCGCCUCCUGGGGUCCUGGGAGCCUCAGCCCCCCUGCAGAGACAAUGUCUCCCCUCCCCUGUCAGAGGAGUCAGGAGGGACGAGACCAAGGUGGACGUCGCUCCCCCUGGGACCCUGGCAUGUCGGAUCCCAGCCUCGAUCUCCUGCCCUGAGCCACUCCUCCUUCAGCAGUAAAGAAAUA